CAAUGGAUGUGUGUAGAAGUUCACUCUCGCGGACGGUCCAGCGCCCCCCAGAACACUCCAGUGUUUAUUCCUCCCUUCCCUUUGAAGAAGAAGAAGAAGAAGAAGAAGAAGAAGAAGAAGAAGAAGGCUAUGAACCUUUAACACACCUCCUAUCCGGCUAUCCGUCAGCAAUUUCUUCUUCGCCUGAAUUUCCAAGUUUAAUCUAAAAACCCCAUUUUCUUCUCUCUUUCUCAUUCGCCGAAGAAUCCACCGUCAAUGGCAACCACGGCGUCGUUUUCCGGUGUCCACUGCUGCGGCGUCCAGCCCUCCACCAGAGCAGCUCCCUUUUCUUUUCCGCCGCCGUUAUCAACCAACUUCUCGCCGAAACCUCCGCGGCAUAGAACCCUAAUUUCACUCAAACUGCACAGAAAAGAUUCGAUUUUCAACAAAAAGUCUAGGUCUUUAGUUGUCCGAUGCGAGGCCGCCAGCGGAAAGGCUGUUACUCAGCAAGAGUUCACGGAGAUGGCAUGGCAAGCUAUAGUGCUGUCGCCAGAAGUGGCAAAGGAAAACAAACACCAAAUAGUAGAGACGGAGCACUUGAUGAAGGCGCUGUUGGAGCAAAAGAAUGGGCUUGCUCGCCGGAUAUUUUCCAAGGCUGGUGUGGAUAAUACUCGCCUGCUUGAAGCGACAGUUCGUUUCAUUGAACGACAACCUAAGGUUCUUGGCGAGUCAGCAGGUUCAAUGUUGGGGCGAGACAUGGAAACAUUGAUUCAGCGGGCCAGAGAGUUUAAGAAAGAAUAUGGUGAUUCAUUUGUGUCAGUGGAGCAUUUGGUGCUUAGCUUUGCACAAGACAGGCGUUUCGGAAAGCAGCUGUUUAAAGAUUUUCAAAUUACUGACAAGACUCUAAAAGAUGCCAUACAGGCUAUUAGGGGACGCCAAACUGUUAUUGAUCAAGAUCCUGAAGGAAAGUAUGAAGCUCUGGAAAAAUAUGGAAAAGAUUUGACUGCAAUGGCAAGGACAGGAAAGCUUGAUCCUGUUAUAGGCCGAGAUGAUGAGAUACGUCGAUGCAUUCAAAUCCUUUCUAGGAGAACUAAGAACAAUCCUGUCCUAAUUGGAGAGCCAGGUGUUGGAAAAACUGCAAUAUCUGAAGGGCUUGCCCAGAGAAUUGUGCAAGGAGAUGUCCCACAAGCCUUGAUGAACAGAAGGUUGAUCUCUCUUGAUAUGGGAGCACUUAUUGCUGGUGCAAAAUAUAGGGGUGAGUUUGAAGAUAGGCUUAAAGCAGUGCUCAAGGAAGUGACCGACUCUGAUGGGCAGAUUAUCCUUUUCAUUGAUGAGAUUCACACUGUAGUCGGUGCAGGCGCCACGAAUGGUGCCAUGGAUGCUGGCAAUCUGUUGAAGCCGAUGCUUGGCCGUGGAGAGUUGCGUUGUAUUGGUGCAACCACAUUGGACGAAUUCCGGAAAUAUAUUGAAAAAGAUCCGGCAUUGGAGCGCCGGUUCCAGCAAGUCUAUGUUGACCAGCCCACCGUUGAGGACACUGUCUCUAUACUCCGUGGGCUCCGCGAAAGAUAUGAGCUUCACCAUGGGGUCCGCGUAUCGGACAGUGCAUUAGUUGAUGCUGCAGUUCUCUCUGACCGUUACAUCAGUGGACGCUUUUUACCUGACAAAGCUAUUGAUCUAGUGGAUGAAGCUGCAGCAAAAUUGAAAAUGGAAAUUACCUCAAAGCCCACAGCCCUUGACGAGAUCAACCGUGCAGUUCUUAAGAUGGAGAUGGAGAGGCUAUCACUUACUAAUGACACAGACAAAGCAUCCAAAGAUCGGUUAAAUCGCCUUGAGACUGAGUUGUCUCUACUAAAGCAGAAGCAAUCUGAACUGAACCAGCAGUGGGAGCAUGAAAAGACCGUCAUGACACACUUGCAGUCCAUCAAGGAAGAGAUUGAUAGGGUGAAUCUUGAGAUCCAACAGGCAGAAAGGGAGUAUGAUCUCAACCGUGCUGCUGAACUCAAGUAUGGUAGCCUAAACUCAUUGCAGCACCAGCUUGAUGCCGCGGAGAAAGAGUUAGACGAAUAUUUGAAGUCUGGGAAAUCCAUGCUUAGAGAAGAAGUUACUGGGAACGACAUUGCAGAGAUUGUCAGCAAAUGGACUGGAAUUCCAGUCUCCAAGUUACAACAGUCUGAAAGGGAAAAGCUUCUGCAUUUAGAGGAAGAACUCCAUAAACGGGUUGUUGGCCAAGACCCAGCUGUCAGAUCCGUGGCCGAAGCAAUUCAGAGGUCUCGGGCCGGUCUUUCGGACCCGCACCGCCCGAUUGCUAGCUUCAUGUUCAUGGGCCCCACGGGUGUCGGAAAGACGGAGUUAGCCAAGGCACUCGCGACCUAUCUGUUCAACACAGAGGAAGCCCUUGUGCGUGUCGACAUGAGUGAGUACAUGGAGAAACAUGCAGUCUCAAGACUAAUAGGUGCCCCACCCGGGUACGUAGGGUACGAGGAAGGAGGACAGUUGACUGAGAUUGUUCGUAGGAGACCCUACGCGGUUAUCUUGUUUGACGAGAUAGAAAAGGCACACGCCGACGUGUUCAAUGUUUUCCUUCAAAUCUUGGAUGAUGGUAGGGUCACCGACUCCCAGGGGCGCACUGUGAGCUUCACAAACACUGUCAUCAUUAUGACAUCAAAUGUGGGGUCACAAUAUAUUCUGAAUUCGCUAGACGAGAGCGAGCUAUCUUAUGAAACCAUAAAGCAAAGGGUGAUGGAGGCUGCAAGAGCCAUUUUUCGCCCUGAAUUCAUGAACCGUGUUGAUGAAUACAUAGUGUUCCAGCCCCUUGACCGCGAGCAGAUCAAGAGUAUCGUCCGAUUACAGCUGGGACGCGUGCAGCACAGAUUGUCCGACCGGAAAAUGAAGCUACGAGUGAGUGAAGCUGCGGUUGAGCUGCUGGGAAGCCUCGGGUACGAUCCGAGCUACGGGGCCCGGCCUGUGAAGAGAACGAUUCAGCAGAACGUGGAGAAUGAGAUAGCAAAGGGCAUCUUGAGGGGGGAUUUCAGAGAUGAAGACACCGUGUUGGUUGACACCGAGGUAUCCGCGGUUCCCAACGGUCAGCUUCCCCAAGCCAAACUUGUAUUCAGAAGGGUGUCCGGUUCUUCUUCGGGCGCUUUGGGUGCUUCUUCUCCUGUGGACAAAGAAGCAUCAUUCUCCCAGUAAACGGCAAAGGUGUAUAUUUGUAAUGGAACUGAGCAUUAUAAAAAGCUCUCUUGUAAUGUUUAUUUUUGAGUGUUUAUUUUUGAGAAUUGGAAGAGAAUUAAAAAAUAAAAUUUAUAUAUCAAAAACUACAUAAAAAGCUCUACAAAACAAGAUGCGAUUAUACUAUAUUAUUUUAUAUCAAAUGAGUAACGAAAAUAAGAAAAGAAAGUAAACUUAUUUUU